ACCACAACCCAAACUCAUCUCCCUCCCUCCCUCCCACCUGACCACCCACCGCCUCCAUCUCACUCUUCAUUCUCCACCACAACCGUCUCCUCUCUCUCUCUCUCUCUUAAAAUCUAUUUUUUUUUUCUUUUUCUUGUUUGCAGACUACAGAUUCCGAUUGGCGAUCUGGCGGAGUUCAAAAGGGUUGGUCUAGAACAAUCCACUAAUUUUGGCGAAGCUUCUGGAGGGAAGCUUGAGGAGAUACAACUCUGGCCGACAAUCUAGAGAUAUUUGCUAAAGCCGGAGCAGGCGUAUGUCCUUUGUUUUCCGGUCCUCGACUUUGUUUCAAUUGGCCUCAAUCACUUGUUUGGUGCCUUCCCAUUGAUUAUGGCUAACUUUUCAUGAAAAUAUAUCUCCUAAUGUGAACCUCUACUUCCCAAGAAUUUGUAAGUCGUAGAGGCUCAAAAGUUAAGACCCGUUAGAGAUGUGAGCAUUUUGGUUGAGUAUUUCAACAACAAGAAGAAGAAAGAAGAAGAUUCAGACUUAAGUGUAAAGGGUUUGAAUGGUCGGGUUUCUUUGAAGUUGGCGGAUUUUUGUUGAUUGUUUAAGAUGGCCAAACUCAAUUGCUUCUCUGGAAUUGUUGGUCGGAAGAAGAAAGUUAAGGCCAAUGAGGAAUCCGCAAAAGCUGUUGAUUUCAACCAGGCGCUAAGCACCCUACAGGUAAGGCUUCAACAGCCUGUGAAACCUUUUGAGACGGAUGAGUUGAAGUCAACUACUUUCGAUGUUCCUUUGCCGUUAGGAAUCGAGAAGAAUUCUGAGUGCAACAUAAAGGUGAUCAGCCAUGAGAGUCCUAUUGGGUGUGAAGCAGCAGAGGUAGCUUAUGAAGGGGAAGAUGAGCAUGAAGAGAAGUCAAUCAAGCGAAAUUUGUCUGACUUUGAUCUUAACGUCCAUGAAAUCAACCCAGCUGAAGAUUUCCCUUCGAGGUACAAAGGAUGUUCCAAGUCCUUUGACGCUGAAUUGAAUGAAUUUGAGGACAUAAUGGAGAAAGAGGUUGAUAGAGACGUUGACCUGAUGCAAAGUGGGCAUGUUAGUGAUCCAGGGAUCAAGAAGGUGGAAUUUUGGGCUUCUCCGAAUCUCAAGCGUUCAUGCUCAAAUUUGGAGACAAGUGACGUGAUCAGAAAGAUAGCGGAUCAGCUGCCUCCUUCAAAGUCUCAAUCUUUUGAAAAAUUGCAGGAAUUAGCGGAGAGAAUGAGGAAGGACAUGUGUCCCGGCAGCCCUAGGUCCGUUUUGACCCAUGUCAGUGCUGAUAAAGUGAUGCUUAAGAAGCAUUCUUCAAGCCAAGUUCUCCCAUCUAGAAGUAGAAAGUUAUGGUGGAAAUUGUUCCUCUGGAGCCACAGGAACCUGCACGCACCAUGGACUGCAAAACAGCGGACAGUUUCUACUACCAAUGCUGUUUUGAACCAGCAAGGUGGGUACUGCUCGGAUACUCUCGAACCAAACAGAGGUACGGAGUUCAGCAAGAUGGAAUCACCUGGAUCUUUUACUGGAGAGUCUCUGGACAAAGGGCGCGCAAACAAUGAAAACGAUGGGCAGAGCUGGGACGGUUUUCAUACUGGAGUUUCUGGUUUGUGGCCUCAGAACCAGUGGCUUGCUUUCCCAACAGAAUCGCCCUCUCCAUUUGCUAGAGUGGAAGAGUGGGUCAAACAUCUUGAGCCACACCCCUCGCUUCAACUUAAUGAUGAUGAUGAGAAGAAUGAUGGAACUGUCUUCCCACGCUCUCCUCCUGUGACCUCUACAUCACAGGCAAGAUUCCCAAGCCACGCAACUAGGCGCUCCGAUAUCAACCUCACAGAGGAGAUCUUACAUGCCAAUAGCGUCAUUCAGUCCCUAAAUUCUUCCUCAACUGUGGCCCACAUUGCUGGUAUUGGCUUAAAAGCCAUUCCCACAAUAUCAUGCUUCACCAGUCUCCGAUCUGUCAAUUUGUCAAACAACUUCAUAGUUCACAUAACUCCAGGAUCACUGCCAAAAGGGCUUCACACACUCAACUUGUCAAGAAACAAGAUCAGCACCAUUGAAGGACUAAGAGACCUGACCCGGUUGCGAGUACUUGAUCUCAGUUACAACCGAAUAUCGAGAAUUGGACAUGGAUUAUCAAACUGUCAACUAAUUAAAGAGCUCUAUCUUGCCGGGAACAAAAUUAGUGAUGUUGAGGGGUUACAUAGGCUUCUAAAGCUUACAGUUUUGGACCUGAGCUUCAACAAAAUAACGACGACAAAGGCUCUGGGCCAGCUUGUGGCAAACUAUAAUUCACUGCAGGCUAUGAAUCUGCUAGGGAAUCCAAUUCAGAGCAAUGUCAGCGAGGACCAGCUGCGCAAGGCAGCUUGUGGUCUCCUCCCAAAGCUUGUUUACUUGAACAAGCAGCCCACAAAGCCGCAAAGGGCAAGGGAAGUGCUCACUGAUAGUGUUGCCAAAGCUGCGCUCGGGAAUGGCGGAUAUAACUCGAGGAGGAGGGCAGGAAAGAGGGUUAGCCAGCUUGGGGCAUCCGUCAGCGCACACAGGAGCAGCGCCAGUGUUGCGCAUAAAAGCAGACACAGGUCAAAGAGCAGAGCUCAUCACAACAUGCCCCAAGCGAAGACAUCAGCUGCUAUUGCUUCUUCGUCCCGUCAGAUGUAGGUCUCUUAUGUCGCCACUUUUUGGUACUACCUUUCUCCUUUUUUUGCUUCUAUUGUCAAACCAUUUCUCUUGUUUGAGGUUUUAACAUGUUUAUAAGUCCUUGCAGUUCAGUUUGAGUUUUGUAAUAAUACUAUAGACUGCCUUGACGUGCCUUCGGAUGAAAAUGAACUGAUCGUCUUUAAAAUCCAAUAAUUUAAAUAUUUUCAAAAGAAUAAUGCAAGUGCGUUAUGCAGCCUCCAUUCGUUAGCUGAUUGCUUGUGAGACUUGAGAACAUCAAAGACUUGAGACUCGUCAAGAUAGAUUAGGAUCAAGGAAUAAAAUAAGUGGAAUAGAAAACAUAUGGGAAUUCUAACUAAGCAAGAAAAGAAAUUGAAAUACAAGCGAAAUAUGUAUUCUCCGUGCGUGCAAAGAAAUAGCGACGCGACAGUUAAUGAAAUCUCGUUGUUUUGCGUUACAAACGAAAUUCACAUAAAGCGACCAAAUAGGCAUCACCGGCUUUAUUGAAUUAGUCAAAGACAACAUCAGUUCUGUGGCCGAAAGGAAGAUUUACAGGAAGAUCCACUGGGUCACAGAGGAGGGACAUACGGAAGCGUUAUAGCAAAAAGUUGAGCAUCUUUAUCCUUUUGUUAUUACGGAAACGUUAUAGCAAAAAGUUGAGCAUCUUUGUCCUUUUGUUAUGAUUCUUGUCGCCGUGUAUCCUCGGGCCUACUUAAUGCCGGGAAGUACGGAAGUCAAAACUGUUUCUCCUGUAGAAUUGGUUGAAUGAAUGAAAGUCAAUAAGGCCGCAAAUUUAAAUUUUCA